AAUUGUAACAAUUAAGAGGAAGAGAACAAGAAAAAGAGAGAGAUCGAUUUCUUUUCAUUAGAAAAUAACUGUAAAUGUUUCAAUUGGAAAUUGAUGUUGACACGAAGAGAUGAUGUUUCUAAAUUGUUUUUCUCUCUCCUUUUUUCUCCAACCAAUUCACAUUAAUUGUCAUCUUAAUUGUUGAUUGUUAACCUUAUCAUCAAUCGUCUCUCAAUGUGUUUAAUUAGUGCCAUUAGAUUGUUAACUUAAUCUAACAAGAGUGAUUUUCUUGCUGUUACAUGAAAAUAGUGUUUACAGUUUGUUACCUGAGAAUUGGGGAUAAACCGUUUUCCAAACUCAAUCAUCUUCCAAAUCAUUUCAAGUUGUUUGUUUCAUGUGUUUCUCUUUCUUUCCUCUCUUUCUGCUAGAUUUUUACCUAGGUAACAACAUCAACAACAGGUAACAUCAUCAACAAUAAAAUCCACAGUAAAUGUAACACAAAUACAAAAGUGAAAACCAGUGAGUGUUGUUGAUAAUAUAGAGAGAGAGAGAAAAACAAAAGAGAAAAAAAAAAUUCUUUUUUUCUGGUUUUUCUCUUUUUUUCUCUCUGAGUUUACUAUUUGGUUAACCACCUGUCUUAUGUGAAUUAACAACCAAAUUAAUCAUCAUCAUCAUCUUCUUAUUAUGGAAUCAACAAAAUGCUUAAUUCAUCAUCACCAUAAUUCAAUUGGUAUAAACAUUUCCAAUCAACAGAUCAUCAUGGUUACAAUUUUAGAGGAGCAACAUUAGUGUUUUGGUUUACCUUUUGAUCGUUUUUUUUGUUCUAUUUACAGAAUUUCUCUCUCUCUCUCACUCUCUUUACCUGAUUUACUUUAAUUUGAAUUGUCUUCAAGUGAAACCUCAUCUGCCAUCUCAUCUAAUCAUCAUCAUCAUGCUGCCAGAAUAACAUUCCAACGGUUUAGAUACUAAUAUUAACUUUAUAUUUUCCAAGAAGAAAAAUAUUCCAACCUUAGAAUAAACAAAAAACCAAUAACCAAUAGAUUGACCAUUGAUACCAUGAUCAUUGAUAGAGUUGUUUGUCUUAAGGGUAUUAGGACACUGUCACUGAUUAUCCUUUACUAUUGUUUCUCAAUUGGAAUCACAUUUUACCAAAAAUGGUUCCUAAAGGGCUUUCAUUUUCCAUUCUUAGUGGUCACUUGCCAUAUGAUUAUGAAAUUCUUAUUAUCCGCCAUUUGCCGUAUUAUCAUGAUUCUGGCCACCGGUAAUUUCCGAGCAACACUUAACUGCUCUGCCAAUAUUAAGAAAUUAGCCACAAUUGGAUUCGCCAGUGCUUUGGACAUUGGAUUUUCCAAUUGGUCUUUUGAAUACAUUACCAUUUCUCUUUAUACCAUGACAAAAAGUACCUGUAUUAUAUUCAUCCUUGGAUUCGCAAUCAUUUUUGGUCUUGAGAAAAAGCGCAUUUCCUUGGUGGUGGUUGUUAUAUUAAUUUCCAGUGGACUUUUAAUGUUUACUUAUCAUUCAACACAAUUUAGUUCCAAAGGUUUCAUCCUGGUUUUAAUUGCUUCUUUUCUUGGUGGAUUAAGAUGGACAUUGGCUCAACUUUUGAUGCAACGUAAAGAUAUGGGUCUGAGUAAUCCCGUAGACAUGAUGUACCAUGUUCAACCUUGGAUGAUACUUUCCCUGUUACCAUUUACCUUUACCUUUGAAGCCUUACCAUUAAUGACCAGUAGCGAUGGAUUUGCCGUCUUUUUUAACACCUAUUCCUUCAUUUACAUAUUGAUUGGUUCAUUUUUAGCAUUUCUCAUGGAAUUGAGUGAAUACCUGUUGAUAACAUACACCUCAAGUUUAACCCUUUCGAUUGCUGGUAUAUUCAAGGAAGUAUUCACCUUAUACAUUGCAAUUGAAUAUUCUCGUGAUGAAAUCAGCAGAUUCAAUGCAAUCGGAUUAGCUGUUUGCUUAACCGGAAUUUCACUUCAUGUUUAUAUACGUGCACGUGAAAUGGUCAAAGUUACUGAUAAACGAGCAUCUCAAUCAACAUCAACUGAACACCUUAUGGAAACAGAGCAAUUGCUAAUCAAUGGAACUGAGGACAUCUAAUUUAAUUAUAAAGAGCAAAGAAGAAAAUUGUAAACUUAAUUAUAUUUUUAAUUUCAAUUGAAUCGACGAAGUGGCCAACAAGUAUCUAGUCUUCAGGAACUACAAACUGUAAUUGUUUCCACAACGACAACCAGAAAACAAAAGGUUAUCAACAUUGAGAUUAAAUGACUUUCUUACUAUUGUGAUGAUCAACAAUUAAUCAAUCAACUAACUCGAAAAUCAACAAAAUUGUUCUGUAAAAUGAUCUCUCCAAUAUACAGUGUAUUAAAAGAAAUUAACUAUUUUAA